AUGAGAAGAACAACUCUUGGAACACUAAAUAUUGGAAACCAGGGUAGGCAAGUUGCCCGAGAAAAGAAAACUUCUCUUGGGCCGCGAUCCUCAGUCGGAAAUAGGACUUCUUUCGGGCGUCCUUCGUCGACCUCUGGGCGAACUUCUCUGGCGAACCCAAGAUCCGCAACGGGCAGGUAAGCCACUGUGUUUUCAACUUUAGCCUUUUAUAUCUUGUUAUUUUCGGUAUUCUAAGAUUUGCAUACGUAAGGAACUCUUAAAAGAGUGCUUCUGCACUUGGUCAGUGGUUAGCAAUGAUAAUCUUCUCGCAUUAUUGAGUGUUUAACGAAUCAUUCUUGAAAACUGAAUCUUUCAGGAGGCCUUCGAGCCAGUAUGGAAGAGAGAACUGUGUACAGAUGAAAGAUCCGAGACCGCUUUCUGACAGAGGUGAAUGCACAUAUUACUACUGUUGCUGUAGAAAAUUCUUGAAAUGGCGAAAUUUGAAAUGUUCAAGCUAGGCUAGGAACUUGAACUAGCAAAUCACCCUGGCAAAUUAAAUUAAGCUUAAGUACAUGGCUGAUGUUUUUUUUUUACCUCACAGGCUAUCAGCAAAAGAUGAUUAGAUAUCUCAUGGAGGUACGUUGUAUAAGUCUAUUUGUAUUGGCUGUUGACAAUCUUAUUGGUUCGUGUUAUGGAAAGGGAUACCAGGUUUUAUAAGUUCCAGUUAUAUGUGGAUUUAAUUUAUAACUAGAAUGAACAUUUGUAGGACUUCCCUUAAUUGCGAUGGUUGCAGUUCUUAUCCGAUGCGAUUUCUUGGUUGAUCAAUGUGCCUAUAUUAACAAUAUUAUUUUUACUUUUGUAGUUUCUAACAGAGUUCAACUAUCCACAUCAAAUUUCCAUGAGAAUCCUAAGUGCACCCUCUAUGAAAGAGUUCUGUAAUAUUUUCCAGGUGAUUAUGUAG